CUCACUUCCGGCGGAAGUAGCGCCCAUGUGGACUGUGUGAACGCUGACUAGUGUGGAACCUAGCCGGAGACAUAGCUAAACACAGAUAAAGAUAGAAAAAUGGAUGAAAAGAAACAAAAGAAACACAACAAGAAAGCCAGUGGAACAAAGGCCAACAAGAAGCGUAAGCGGCAGCAAGGAGAGGGAGGAACUGGUACUGAGGAAGAUGCCAGGAAGAGGAACCCCAAAGCGUUCGCUGUGCAGUCCGCUGUGCGUAUGGCCCGAAACUUCCACAGGACACAGGAUCUUAAGACGAAAAAGCAUCAUAUCCCAGUGGUAGACCGGACACCUUUAGACCCACCUCCUGUUGUUGUGGUAGUUGUGGGGCCCCCAAAAGUUGGCAAGAGCACCCUGAUCCGUUGUCUGAUUAAAAACUUCACUAAGCAGAAACUCACAGAGAUCCGCGGACCUGUUACCAUCGUCUCUGGAAAGAAAAGACGUCUUACCAUCAUUGAAUGUGGCUGUGAUAUCAAUACAAUGAUUGAUUUGGCUAAAGUUGCUGACCUGGUUCUGAUGCUAAUAGAUGCUAGCUUUGGUUUUGAAAUGGAGACCUUUGAGUUCCUGAAUAUCUGCCAGGUCCAUGGUUUUCCAAAAAUAAUGGGGGUCUUGACCCACCUGGACUCCUUCAAGAAUAACAAACAACUGCGCAAGGUCAAGAAAAGGCUGAAACACAGGUUCUGGACAGAAGUCUAUCAGGGUGCAAAGCUUUUCUACCUGUCUGGAAUGGUGUAUUCUGAAUAUCAGAAGCAAGAAAUACGUAACCUUGGGAGAUUCAUCUCUGUAAUGAAAUUUCGCCCUCUGGUAUGGCAGACAUCACAUCCUUAUCUACUUGCAGAUAGGAUGGAAGAUCUGACUAAUCCAGAAGACAUUAGGCUGAAUCCAAAGACAGACCGUAAAGUUUCAUUGUAUGGUUACCUGCGGGGGGCCUAUUUGAAAAAUAAGAGCCAGGUUCACAUACCAGGUGUUGGAGAUUUUGCCCUUUCUGAGAUAAGUUUCCUACCUGACCCAUGUCCCCUCCCAGACCAGCUGAAAAAGCGUUCUCUGAAUGAGAAGGAGAAGACAAUUUAUGCUCCACUCUCUGGUGUUGGAGGCGUAGUAUACGAUAAAGAUGCUGUGUAUAUCGACCUAGGUCCAAACUACCUUCAACAAGAACAGCAGAGAGCUGCAAAACCUUCACGUGAACUGGUAAAGAGUCUCAUUUCCACCAACGUUACCAUUGAUUCCAAGAUGUCUACAAGCAAAGUGUCCUUAUUUAUGGACUCAAAACCUCUGGGCAUGGACGAAGUUGACAGCAAAGAGUUUGAAAUGCCGACAGAGGAAAAAGUUAUAGACGCUGAAACUGGUCGGGUACGUCGUAAAGCUGUGUUUAAAGGGGACGAAAAUGAGGAUUCUGAUGAGGAGGACGAUGAUGAUGAGGAAAGUGAGAAUGAAGAUGAAAAGGAGGAUGAUGAUGGUGAAAAUGAUGAAGAUGAGGAGGAAGCUGCUGAAUUUUCUGAAGAAGAAAGUGAAGCUGAAGAAAAAGUUAAACUCUUGAGCCGAAGAGCUGAUAAAAAAAUGAAAGUGGAGGAGCGUCCUAAAAGGAACACUUUGGAGAUGCCAGCAUUUGCAGACAGUGAUGAUGAUCUUGAACACAGUGGUGAUGAAGGAGCAGAAGAUGAGGAAGGAGGAGGUGAUGAGGAGGAAGAAGAGGAAGAUAGUGAAGAGGAGGAAAAAGAGGAAGAUGGCGAAGAGGAUGACGACAAUGAUGAGAAAAAUAUAGUGGUAAAGAAAAAGGGGACUGCUGUGAAAAAGGCACAGAAUGGCAAUGAAGGCAGAAAAUCAAAAGCCACAUUAGAUAGUGGGAAUUGCACUGGAGAAGAUGGCAUAUCUUCAGAUUCUGAAGACGUAGAAAGCAUGGAUACUGAUGAAGAACCAUCUAAAGAUGUAGUUAAAGAAUCUGAAUCAGAAGAGGACAGAGGUGAUGAAGAAGACUUACUAAAAGAAGAUGAAGACCUCAUGGAAGACGAUGACAUUGGAGACACAGCUGGUGCUUUGAAGUGGAAAGAAGACCUGAAAAAGAGAGCUUCUGAGGCUUUUCUACGACAACAGCAGUCUGUUCCUAAUCUCCGAAAACUUGUCUAUGGAACAGUGGUUGGGAACGAGGAAGAAGGAGAUGAUGAUGAUAAUGAAGGAGAACUCGGAGGCCUGUUCCACGUCAGUCGUCCAGAUAAAGAAUCUAAGAGAGUGACAAAUGCUCUAGACUGUUCAAAGUUUAUGGUUGAAAAUCCUCAAGAUUGGGAAGACGAUGAGGUUAUGGACUACAUUCGUGAUUGCUUUGUCACUGGAAAGUGGGAAGCGGACAAAGAUGCAGAAAAGCUGUUACAAGAAGAUGAGGAGCUUUAUGGUGACUUUGAAGAUCUAGAGACAGGGGAGGUGCACCAGGGCAAGCCGGAGAACCGGAAAGAGAAGUCUGAAGGGGAGGAUGAGGAUGGAAAUGAAAACAAAGCAGAUGAAGCUGCCCCAGAAGAGGAAGAAGUGACAAAGAAGCGUCUAGAGAAGAAGAAGAAUCUUAAGGAACGCUUUGAUAAUGAGUAUGAUGAUGGCGAUCCUGAGGCCACAUAUUUUGAUGACUUAAAAGGAGAGAUGCAGAAACAAGCAGAGCUUAAUCGUGCAGAAUUUGAAGACCAAGAUGAUGAGAUCCGCGUGCAGUAUGAAGGCUUUAGGCCCGGCAUGUACCUACGAAUUGAGAUUGAAAAUGUGCCCUGUGAGUUUGUGAUCAACUUUGAUCCUCACUACCCAAUGAUCCUUGGUGGACUUGGCAACAGCGAGGGAAAUGUUGGCUACAUCCAGAUGCGACUAAAGAAGCACCGUUGGCAUAAGCGGAUAUUAAAGACGCGAGACCCCUUGAUUUUUUCAUUGGGCUGGAGACGAUUCCAGACUAUGCCACUUUAUUAUAUUGAGGAUCAUAAUGGACGUCACCGGCUUCUUAAGUAUACCCCUGAGCACAUGCACUGUGGUGCCACUAUUUGGGGGCCCAUAACUCCUCAGGGAACUGGUUUCCUGGCUGUUCAGUCUGUUAGCAGCACCACAGCAGAUUUUCGCAUUGCUGCUACUGGUGUUGUGCUGGAUCUGGACAAAUCUAUCACAGUGGUGAAAAAGUUAAAACUGAUAGGUUACCCCUGCAAAAUCUACAAGAAUACAGCCUUUAUUAAGGGGAUGUUUACUACGGUCUUGGAAGUGGCCAAAUUUGAAGGAGCAUCAGUGCGAACAGUAAGCGGCAUCCGUGGGCAGAUCAAGAAAGCCUUACGAACACCUGAAGGGGGAUUUAGGGCAACGUUUGAAGACAAAAUUCUAAUGAGUGAUAUUGUGUUUUUGCGCACCUGGUACCCGGUUACUGUUCCCAACUUUUAUAAUCCUGUGACCUCAUUAUUAAAACCUGUGGGUCAAAAAGAGACAUGGACUGGUUUGAAAACUGUUGGUCAAUUGAGACAUGAGCUUGGCAUCACACAGAAGAAACGGAAAGAUUCCCGCUACAAGCCCAUUGUGAGGCAAGAAAGACACUUCAAUCAGCUCCAUAUUCCCAAAGCUCUGCAGAAAGCACUGCCAUUUAAGAGCAAGCCCAAGAAGAUGGAGAAGAAGGCUAAAGUGACCAGGGACAAGGUGCGACCUGCGGUUAUCCGGGAACCUCAUGAAAGAAAGAUAAUUUCCCUUCUCAAUGCUCUGGGCACCGUUAAUAAUUAUAAGAAACAAAAGGCCAAGACAAAGCAAAGACAACAGAGGAAGGAGUUUCUGCAGCAUAAGACAAAGGAAGAAGAAGAUAUGCUGAAGAGGCAGAAAGAGGCCAGGAAAAAACUCUUCCGAACCAUCGGACAAAAAGAGAAAAAGAAACAAAAGUCCAGUCUCAGGGGCACAGAGCCAAACUAAAAACAUUGCUCUCGGGAGGUGUACAGAUCUAUGUAAAUAUGCCAGACGACUUCUUGGAUAUUUUAGACAACUCUUCAAAGUCUUUAAUGCUUGGUAUCAUCCUAAACCAAAUGUUUAUUUAACUUUUUUAUUAUUAUUAUAGAAUUUUUAAAUAUAUUUGGGAACAGAAUGUAUAUAAUAAAAUCAAACACUUGGCCCUGGAAAGACUUUGAAGUUAUGCUUGACCCACUGUAGCUUGGAAUUUCAGGAAAUUCAAAGUAACAUAACUUGUAAAGGCCUAUGGAUCGACGUGUACAGGCCGGAGGGAAGAACUGUCUUAACCCCUGUAUUCCUGUUUCUCUGUUCUGCUAUUAAAACCAUUGAAUAAAGAUGUGAUUUGUGAUUCAGUUUUU